AUGGCCUCGCCGUCUCUGCCUGCUAGGGCGCUCGCAGACCACAGCAGAGCUUUCUCUGAUGACUCGCAUAGGUCAUCCCCACCGGUCAGAUCGUCAGACUCCCGACCCUUCUACGAGGGCAACAUUCAGAGAACCUCUCGGGAGUCUGCUAGUCAGAUCGGUGAACAACCUAGCAUUUCUUCUACAAACCUGCAGGAUGCGAUGCUUCAUUCCCGCUCCUGGCUGGGAGAUAUGGAGUCUUAUUCCCCCUCCAGCAGUAGGCGGCCCUUUGGAGAGACGGAGGACGACUAUCUAGCGCGCCGGACUAGAAGUAUAGCUGAGGCACAUCGCAACAUUCUCGGCAGAAGCCGGAGACGUACGGAUCAUGCCCGGGCUUUCUUCGAGCGAGAGAGGAAUGCAGACCAUCGUCGACCCUUCUCAGAGGGUCUGGGCUCCCUUGGAGGGCACGAUCACAUCUCACGCAUGGCUGUAUCUAGCGAACAGUCCGAAACAGUCAUUCCUGAGAGGUUGCGAAUGGCCCUUCCUAGGUACACUCCUACAGCUGAUCAUCCUCGUCAGGAGCAGACUCGCUCUGCAGUUGUCCCUAGCAAUUGGGCAAUGGCAAGGUACGUCUCACCCUUCAGUAGCAUAGGAGCAAGCAGUUCCCGACCGGAUAGUGGGCCAUCUGCUGAUCGCCCGUCAAGUAGCCAAUCCACCAACACCGCUCCGUCAGCCAUGAAGAGAUCCUUCGAGGAAAGAUCAGGUCGGCAUUCACGUCCAAUUUCCCGUCUGAGUUCCGAAGCGGCAAGUUCUGAGAGCCAAGAUGCCGCAGCAGCAGCUGGUGGCUCGAGAUCUUUACGUAUCGGUCGACCGAACUCGCGUCAGGGUGCAACGCGAGAGCCGUGGUUGAGCCCUUGCCGCGGAGCUACACCAAAGAGGCGACGGCCCGAGUCUACAUCCGACCUUCGCGCUUCAGCUGCCCUCUCGCCUCACCAGGUCGCAAGUACCUCCCGUGAUCCAAUGACGGCAACCUCGUUCCGAUCGUCUUCUCCUUCCAUAUCCGGUCUUGCAAGCAGAAUGACCAGCUUUCCCCCUGCUCUUGGUCUGUCAUCGGGAGAUCGAGUCUAUUCGAGUGUGACUCCCUCUCCUACAGCUUCCGAAGACGAACCACCGUUUCUGGUGGAAGACGAUGGGGAUAGCGAAGUCGUGGACGAUCACUUCGACGCACCCAUUGCACCACUCGGUAUAACCGCACAGCACACCUCGAACAUCCAGGAGUCAAGCCACAGCAGCAUGCUGCUUGAUGGGCCUCCGCCCAGAGACUGGCGGCUGAAUCGCGAGAAUGGCUCAUCUUCGAGUUCUCAAACAACCACCAUUGGCGAUCCAAGGCAGACAUUCAUCUACCAAGAUUUUUCUCAGCGGCUCGAAAGUCUGCAAACUCAGAUUGAUGCCGCUCGAGCAGAGGUGCUCAGACACCAGACCGCCUAUCAGGAUUUGUGCGAAUUGACUUCGGCUUCGUCGGGCUCAUCGCAGGCGCAGUGGCAUCUCAAUCAGACCCGUGUCCUUCUAGAGCGGUCACGAGACCAGCUAGACAGAUUCCGGAGUCUACUCUCAGGUCGACAGACUGAGCCGCCCGGUGAGGCGGAGGCAGCAACUGGUGAGAUCGACUCCGGCAUUGGCAGUGACGAGGACCGCACAACCACGUCGCUUGGGCAAGGUCCGCCUUCUCUGCCUUUGAUCCGCCACAAUUCACCUCUGGUCACUCCGUUUACGGAGAACGGAGCCAUCGACGAGCGUCAGCGACCAGAUGCCGAGUCUACACAUUCGCACCUCCACCCUCCGAGUUUUGACAGUGCUAGGUGGAAUGCACCUCGGACUCGUCGAGAGCAAGAAAACGUAUCGCUGUUUUCUGCUUUGCCAAGUGAACGCAGCAGCCGACCCAUAUCAGAUGCGACCAGUCGAUCUCGACUGGCUGCUGAAACUCUGCCUGCACGAAGGUCAGAUCUCUCUCAUGCUGGAACCCGUCCAUUUGGCAGGCCUCUCGGAUAUGCGUCUGGGAGUGAUGGAGGGACAUCAAAUUCUGGGGAUAGCUCAAGAGCCAGGCCUCCAUCUCGAGACCGUCCAUCGCCCUCGCUGCGGAGCCAAUGGCCUUACUCGCCUUUUGGAACUGUCCCGAUGCUCAGUGCAGGCAGUCCUGGCCUUCGCAACGAACCCCUGGACUUUGCCAGAUUACACUCGCAAGAAGCAGCCGAGAUCGAGGAUAUGCAGGCUCGGAUAUCGCUGGAAGAAGAAAGACAGGAACGACAGCAGCGAGAUCGCUUUGAACUUACCUCGAGCGCUCCGACACACUCUUUGAGCGAACAAAACCUCUCUUGGAGCGAGCGCAACCUAGCCCACAUCUGGCGCGACUUUGACGAUCACUCAGCAGGCGAAGUCUUGGCUCGCUCUCGGGCAUCCGGCAAUGAAGGGCACGGCGGUCAACUUCGCAAUAUCAUGCGUGGUGCAAGCGAUCUCGACACUUCUGCAGCUGCUCUGCAAGCAACCAGUGCCCACGAUCGCAGAAGCAACGAUUAUCAGCAAAUGAUGGACCUGCUGUGGCCACACCCCAGCGGCCGGCGUGUACAGGACUCUUCCCCGCGGAUGCCUGCUCACCGCACUCCAGCAGGAGCCUUGUCAGGCGAUGGGAGAUACGGCAUUGACAGCACUCACGGCUUGGACGCGCCCGACAGCGGUAGAGCGUCAGUCGCCGCUAUGGCUCGCCGCUCGCGCUUCCGCUUUGGACAUCCUGCUACGUUGACUUCAAGAGCUACUACAGCCUCUGAGGAUCGAUUGCGCAGCGCAGAGCCCUAUUACACAGACCUCAUCAACAUGCGAGCGUCUCGUUUUGGUGGAAGGCUCGCGACGAUGACAGCAUCGACUACGAGUACCACUACGAGUACGAUGGCAACGACGAGAGCUACCGCGGAUCGACCUGAGAUGGAGAGAGACGACGUGGAUACACUACUGCGACGUCUGACCGUGCCGGCCGGUCUUCAAGAGCCAUUCUUGGGCUUCAUGGACGAGUCUAGGUCACGAGUGCGUAGGGGUGCCUCCGAAGCCACGCUGGAGGGGUUGAGCGUGUUCAGCUACGAGUCUCGGUAUGCUCAUCUACUCGCAGAGAGGGGAAACAGGCAGGGAAGCGCCGAGCGCAAGGGCAAGGCAAGAGCCAUGGAUGAGGACCCUGCGAGUCAGCCACUGCAAGGUACAGACGAUGCAGUCAUCGCCAGCAGCAGUAGCUCUUCCUCUGCUGCCGCCUCCUCAAGCUCUUCUCCUUCUCCCAGCAUAGCAAGCGAAAGCGCCGGACCGGAGCAAUGUCCCAUCUGCUUGGAAGAGUACGAGGGUCAUGACAAGAUGGCAGCAUGCUGGUGCGAGCACGAGUUUCACGAGACGUGCCUCAAGACCUGGCUGAGACAGACGAAGAGCUGUCCACUCUGUCGCUCCGUCGAGCCUGGUAGCGGCGGUAGUGCCAAUGACAGUGGCAGUGGCGGCGGAGGUGGUGAUGGUUUGCGCAGCGCAUCGAGUAGCUUUGCGAGGUUCUUCCUACCUGACUUUGAAGUCUGA